AUGGUAUAUGAAAUUGAUUACCAAAAUCCAAGAAAUUUCUUACCUAUUGACGAUAUGUACUUUGGAACAUCAAUUGCUGUAAGUAAAAUUGACAAAAAUAUUUUACAUUCGAUUAAAGUAAAAUGCUUAGAUUUUUAUUUGGAAAGUACAAAGCAAAUAUUACUUAGAUUUCCUUUAAAAAACUCCGCCAUAGAAAAAUUGAAGUUUUUGGAUCCUGUUUGUGUAAAAUCCAAAGAAAAACACACAAAUUUAGUUCAUCCUGAAGAACUUCAGGAUCUUGAUAAUGAAUGGAGAUUGCUAAAAAAUUACCUACUAGAUGAUAUUGAAAAUGAUGUACUAUUUUGGAAGGAAAUUGCCAAUGUGAAGAUAGGAGAUUCGCUAAAAUUUCCAAAUUUAACUAAGUUCGUUUUUCAAGUUCUUUGUUUGCCUCAUUCUAGCGCGGCUGUAGAGAGAAUAUUCUCCCAAAUCAAUCUAAUUAAAACACAGUUUCGCAAUAGAUUAAAAACAGAAACAAUAGAAGGUCUUUUGUACACAAAAAGUUUUAUGGAAAACAAGACAUGUUACGAAUUUACUUUAAAUAAAAAUGUUUCGAAAAAACUUGUUUUUAUGUAUUUUUGA